CUCGCCACUCUCCCUCGCUGUCUUGCGUACUUGGCUUGAAAGAAGCAUGCUUGGAACCGUCUUUGCUGUGAUAGCAAAGUCAGCCCACCGGCAGAGCGCCAGAUUAAGCAACCGAAUGAAUUAAAUUAACCAUGAUUUUUUUCGGGGGUCUAUAGAAGAAUUGGCGAGAAGAAUGGGCUCUACCACGGUUGGCUGGCAAAGAGGAGACAGAAUGCCGGUGUCCAGAAAAAGGUUCCUGCCUUACGGACCCAGUGAUAUUAAUUUGAAAACACAGAAGAGGAUGAAAAUUGGAGGCAUGAAAUCUGGUUCUGCAUGUUGGCGUGAGGAAUUGGAUGUGAAGAAACAAAAACUUUCUGCAAAAGUUAUUGACUAUUCUGAUCCGUUUACCACGUCUAGUGUGCUGGAAGAAUUGGGUUCUGGAAAAUAUGGAAGUGUUACCAACGAUAUGGAGGACCUUAUUCGUCGGAGGCGACUGUUAUUAGGUAUUUACUGUGCAGUUGAUCCUACACUUGCUAAUCUGGAUUUGGAAAACUACUCAAGUGAAAAGCCGUUUGAGACAAAGGGAUCAACUUCUGUUGAUGUCAUUGAUGUGGAAGAUGAUUGUGAUGCAAGCACUGUUGCUCCACUGCAGUCUGUUCCAGGGGUACAGCAUCUCCCUCUAGCUGGGCCUCUUGUCAUUCUUGAUUCAGAUGAUGAAGACCUCAGGAAUGAGGGCUCUGCAUAUCCCUACCAGGAGAUUGUGUUGCCAGAUCCAGGUAGAAAUUUGCUAUUGAAGGAUUUUGAGAAUCAACGUUCAAGAGCAGGAGUUGUCAGCUCGAUCAGUCAGAUGCAAGAUAAGAAUGAUAAAGGUGUCUAUGUGGGGUUAGAGGAUGACAUGGAUGACAAUGAGCACUCCAGCGCUAAUGAUGAUGGCCUGGAUGAUAUCUGGAAAGAGAUGACAUUUGCAAUGGAAUCUUCAAAGGAAACUGCUGUAGAACCUUCAUGUGAUGAACCUGCGGCUGAGGAUGCAGACGAGUGUGAUCAUUCUUUUAUACUAAAAGAUGAUAUUGGUUACGUAUGUCGUGUUUGUGGAAUCAUUAAGAGAAGUAUUGAGACCAUAAUAGAGUAUCAGUAUGCAAAGGCUAGGAGUACCAGAACAUACCGAUAUGAAGGUCGUUCAGCCAAGGACCCUGACCAAACUGAAUAUGCUCCAGGAGGAGUUAAGUUAUGUGCUCAUGAUUUCACUGUGGCUGAAAUAUCUGCCCACCCUAGGCAUCGCAAGCAAAUGAAACCACAUCAAAUUGAGGGCUUCAAUUUUCUUUUAAGCAACUUGAUGACAGAUAAUCCCGGUGGUUGUAUUAUGGCCCAUGCUCCCGGAUCUGGGAAAACCUUUAUGAUUAUCAGUUUUCUACAGAGUUUUAUGGCUAAGUAUCCAUUUUCAAGACCUUUGGUUGUGCUACCAAGAGGCAUCUUGGCCACAUGGAAGAAGGAAUUUCAAAGAUGGCAAGUAGAAGACAUUCCCCUUUUUGACUUUUAUUCAGUCAAAGCAGAUAGUAGAACUCAGCAGCUUGAAGUUUUAAGGAAAUGGGCCGAAGAAAGGAGCAUUCUUUUCUUAGGAUAUAAGCAAUUUUCUUCAAUUGUAUGCGACACUAAUUGCAGCAAGGCUGCAGCUUCCUGCCAAGAGAUCCUUUUGACUUGCCCUUCAAUUCUUAUACUAGAUGAGGGUCACACGCCUAGGAAUCAAGAUACUGAUGUUUUGACCUCCCUUGAAAAGGUUCAGACACCGAGAAAAAUCGUACUCUCUGGGACCCUGUAUCAGAAUCAUGUCAAAGAAGUUUUUACCAUUUUGAACCUUGUGAGGCCUAAAUUCCUGCGCUUAGGCACUUCAAAAGGCAUCAAAAGACGUAUCUUGAGCAGAGUUUCAAUAAGUAGCAGAAGAGAUAUCUUGAGGAAAGGUUCAGACAACGAAUUCUAUGAAGUUGUAGAGCAUACAUUGCUGAAAGAUAAAGAUUUCAAGAGAAAGGUAACAGUCAUACAAGAUUUGCGAGAGAUGACAAGUAAGGUACUUCACUAUUACAAGGGAGAUUUCCUGGAUGAACUUCCGGGACUUGUUGAUUUUACUCUUCUCCUUAAGCUGUGCCCUAAACAACAAAAGGAAGUUGCAGAGCUGAAGAAAUUGUCCAGGAAGUUCAAAAUAAGUUCUGAAGGGAGUGCUCUCUAUGUUCAUCCUCAGCUGAAGUCUCUUUCAAAGAAUUCAGUAGUUAAAGACAGGGUUGAUGAGGAGAAGAUUGAUAUGAUCUUAGAGAAAUUGGAAGAGAGAGAUGGAGUGAAAACUAAGUUUUAUCUGAAUCUCCUUCAGCUCUGUGAAUCAAGUGGCGAGAAGCUGUUGGUUUUCAGCCAGUUUCUCCUGCCCCUCAAGUUCUUGGAGAGGUUGACAGUGAAGGCAAAGGGGUAUAGUGUUGGAAAAGAAAUAUUUAUGAUCACUGGUGAUUCAGAUAAUGACACACGGGAGAUUUCUAUGGAAAGGUUUAACACUUCCUCAGAUGCUCGAGUAUUCUUUGGAUCCAUCAGAGCAUGUGGUGAAGGGAUUUCUCUUGUAGGGGCAUCACGCAUUAUAAUAUUGGACGUGCAUUUGAACCCUUCAGUCACUCGCCAAGCUAUAGGUCGUGCAUUCCGACCUGGUCAGGAGAGGAAAGUCUACGUGUAUAGAUUGGUUGCAUCAGGUUCGCCGGAAGAGGAAGACCACUCAACCUGCUUUAGGAAAGAGUCAAUUGCCAAAAUGUGGUUCGAAUGGAACGAGUUUUAUGGCCACCAUGACUUUGAAAUGGAGGCUGUAGAUGUAAGAGAUUGUGGUGAUUUGUUCUUGGAAACACCCAGAUUGAGGGAGGAUUUGAUCUCUGUAUACAAGAGAUAACUGGUAACAGGUUGCGACUGGUUGGAUAGUAGAUCAUCAUUGUGAUCUUGGUUUCAGUCUACGAAGUGUAGGGAGGUUGCUAAACAAUCUACUGAGAUUCAAAUGUACAAACUAUGAAUCCAACUCUGAAAGCGAGAAAUUCCCCAGGCAUUGAUGAUAACUAGCAUCCUAGUCAUGUGUGCAUAUCUAUCUGAGGAUGUAUUUGUUUCUAUUUGCUUUAUUAGGUGUUUCAGAUCAGUUCUCUAGGCAUUGAAGAUGGAUUACUUUUGACUGUUCCAUAUCAAAUGAACUUCUUUUUUUGUACAGUAUUAUCGGCCUCGUUGGAAAGUACCGUGGGGCGCUCACCCUCUGGAUGGUGAACGCGUACUGCUGAUGAAAUUGCUAGUUUUCGCUGUGCCUAGAAAUAAAGCUGAUUGCAUGUGUAUUUCUCAAAAUGAA